CGGAUUGCCCAGCGAAACCCUAAUUUAACCAACCAUACGCACCAAGUCCAUAAAGUCCUUCCUCUCGCGUGCCCACCUCUUAUCCUCUUCUUCUGGGCGCCAAUCGGAAUCCUCUCGUUUACUCUGAAGUUGUUAUUUUGGUCUCCCUCAAUCGGUAGAAAGGAAGGCGGAGGAGACACAGACGAAUUUACCCAUUCUAGGGUAAAGCCCAACGAUGUCCAUGGAAUUGGGAGUCGCUUCGCCGGAGCGCGAGAAGGAGCGACAACAGUGGUGGAAUUGUGGAUUCGUUGCUCCUUGCACCGACGUGGUGAAUGUCGUUCUGGUGGGUCUGGACAAAAAGGCCGCCAAUAACAGCGACACCGACCCGGGGAUCCGCACCGCCAACGUGACCGUCACCCCCAGCAGCGACUUCCGCGGAAAAUUCUACAGAGGUAUGGGGUUCGCAGUUGUGGAAUCGAAAUUAUAUGCUUUUGGUGGUCGUGCGAUUUGUGACUCCCCUGACCCUGACCCUGAGUACGAUUUUGAUCUCCAAACUGGCAAGUCGUACUGGACAUAUCCGCGGUAUCUCUACGUCUGCGAUCUGGGGACGGAUCCGGAAAUCCAAAAUGAACCGCUUCAAUUCAGGAAAAUGGAAGUUAAGCUGAACGGAGCCAAGGUCUGCCCGAUUCACGUUUCUUACAAGAAGGAGAAGCUUUUCAUCUUGUCCAAGGGCUAUCCCCCCUCCUCGCGGUUUGAGCCUGAGCGCCCUGCUCCUUGCGAGGUCUUGAACCUCAAAGAUCUCACCGUGCAAACCAUCGACACGCCAUCCGAAGUGUGGGAUACCGAUGUUAGCAGUUAUAAGUAUAAUUGUUUCCUUCCUGUUUUCAUCGGACAUGUAGUUGUAGGGAGUGAAUUGAUUGUUUAUAUCGAUACCGAUACUUACCCCUGUCUGUAUGCUCUUGACAUGGAGCAUCUAAAAUGGCGCCCCAUAAUCACUAGUACGAGUAUGGCUCAGUAUGCUGUUAAACUGUCCAGAAAGGACUUGUGCCUGGAUUUUCUGGUGUACACACACGCAACAUAUGACACGGCGCCCUGUUCGAAUGUUGUUCGCAAUGGUAAGGUUUUUCAGCUGAGGAUUGGAAAUCCUGACACCAUACACAACUCCCAUGUCCGUCCUGAUUACAAGGAUGUCAGUGUUGUGAACUUGGAUCCUUCCGCAAGUUAUGAUCAGCGGCGGUGUUGGUUGCGUAAGCGUAAAGCUAGGAGGUUGGUUGCUCUAGCUGAGUUUCUGCAGACAACUCCAGGGGAUAAUUGGGAAACUACUGAUGUAGGGGUGGUUCCUUUUGGAAAUGGUGAUGAUGAUGUGUACUGUCUCUUCCUCUGGCAUAAAGCGUAUACAGCGUCUAGAACGUCCCACGAAGUGAACAACUCUUUCAGCAUUUGCAGGUUUAAAUUGGUUGGCGAUUAUGGGCGCUGUAAAGUCUUAGAGACGGUGAGGGAUUUUGGUCGUUUUGGGGAUGAUCUGGCAUGCCCUUAUUUCACGGCCUUUACUCCCACUAGCGACAUAGGGCUGUGUAUUUUGUGAAGGAGGAUCUGCCCAGCCGUGUGAAAUCGCCUGAUUAUCCUAUAUAUGUAUACAUAGGUAAGUGUGUUUAUUUCCAACUCUUGAUUUCUAUCCUUCCUUUGGGUCUGUUCUUCCAAGUGUGGGGCACUGUUGAUGUUUCCAUGUGGAAUGUGGAUACUAGGGUUGCUUGACUUUCCUAGACUUAGCUUUUUGUGGGUUCUUGAGAGUGAGGAUUCUCCUAUUACCUUCCAAUUAGAAAGAUAACAACAGAAAAUGAUAUAGAAUACAAAAAUUAGAAAGAUAACAUAUUGUUUUAUUUUGACAUUGUUAGAUAGACAUUACAUUUCAAAUAAUGAUGAUAUAAUCAUUUUAAUUUAAUUUCAGUUAAUCGUCAAUCUGGACCACCUUUUAAUUUUGGAACAGAGCCUCCACGAUCCAUUGGGCGGUCCUGCUUGGACUUCCUUAACAAAUUUUGGACCAGCUUCCUCCCAUGUCUGCAAGUGGACAGACAAUCUCUGAUUUCAUGAUCGGACUGGAUGUUGAAUCGGAAAAAUUAUUGGUUUGUGAUUCAAUGAUAAAUCGUAUAGAUCUUUAUGGCAUCUUCAUCAACCAACCUCGAGCUUCAAUCUUCACAUAAAUCAAGUUUUUCUAUCAGGGAAGAACCACAGUUCUUCGCGGGAUUCAACUCAAGUUCAAAAGGAAGAGUCAACCGUUGCCAACAACGUCGUUCCCACGAGUAAACGUAGAAGCUGGAGUGAUGUCGUUUCUGACAAAGUUCCAAUUAGUCCCUGAUGUUUGUAAUUUGGUUUCUUUUCGUUUUAGUCAUGUACUUGCUUAAAGCACAAACAUUAAUGUCUUCUUCCCCAAUCUAUCUGUACAAGCAAACGUGACAGCUAUAUAUAUAAGCGGUAGAUCAAUGAAGCAAACUAAGCUCU